GCGACUGUCAUCGGUCCAGCUGAGGGUAAGAGAGAGACAGUACGGUGGAACGGGAAUAGAAGUUUGAACAGACUAAGGAAACUUUGACUGCAGACCCGACAUUAUCCAACUUGUGAAUUAUUUGUAGGCUAAAGCCUGUGUAUUGUACCUUUUGUUAAUCGGUGAAUAAAUUUGGCUGUACAAUCCUUGGCAGUGUUCUGAGACUGUACAGCUGCCAACUGCUUCUGAAGGACAACUUGUUUAUGAAAUGGACUGUGCGUAAAGAGCAAUUACAUUUUCUCUUAUUGACUUUCAAUAAGUUUCACUGUGUGCGUUUUAUGUUGCUUUAAAAUUGUUGAGAAAGUGGACUGAGUCGGACUUUCGGGGAAAUCGUUACUAAACUUUGCAAAAGAAAACAUGACUGCCGAUAAGGACAAGAAAAGGAACAGUUCGGAGCGGCGUAAGGAGAGGUCUCGUGAUGCGGCACGCUGUCGUCGUAGUAAGGAGACGGAGGUGUUUUACGAGCUGGCCAAUCAGCUGCCCCUCCCAGACAGCGUCAGCUCCCACCUGGACAAAGCCUCCAUCAUGAGACUGGCCAUCAGCUUCCUGCGCACCCGCAAGGUCAUCGGUUCAGGCUGCCCCAACAGUGCAGAGGCAGAGGAGGACAGACAGAUGGACUGUAUGUAUUUGAAGUCACUGGAGGGGUUCGUCACUGUGGUUACAUCGGAUGGCGACAUGAUCUUCCUCUCAGAAAACGUCAACAAGUUAAUGGGCUUAACACAGGUGGAGUUGACCGGACAAAGCAUCUUUGACUUCACCCACCCCUGCGACCACGACGAGAUUCGCGAGAACCUCAAUCUGAAAACCGGUACUGGGACAAAGGGGAAAGCCUUCAGCACUGAGAGAGACUUCUUCAUGAGGAUGAAGUGCACAGUGACAAACCGUGGACGCACUGUCAACCUGAAAUCAGCCAGCUGGAAGGUUCUGCACUGCACGGGCCACCUCAAGGUGUACAACAGCUGCGCCCCUCAUGGGCUGUGUGGGUUCAAGGAGUCUCCGCUCACCUGCCUGCUAAUGAUGUGUGAGCCCAUCCCCCACCCCUCCAACAUCGACACACCCCUGGACAGCAAGACCUUCCUGAGCCGUCACAGCAUGGACAUGAAGUUCACCUACUGUGACGACAGAGUCACUGAGCUGAUGGGCUACAGUCCUGAAGACCUGCUUGGCUGCUCUGUCUAUGAGUUGUACCACGCCCUCGAUUCUGACAGUGUCACCAAGAGCCACCAGAACCUGUGCAGUAAAGGCCAGGCAGUGAGUGGACAGUAUCGUAUGCUGGCCAAACAUGGAGGCUACGUGUGGGUGGAGACCCAGGGCACAGUCAUCUACAACAGCCGGAAUUCCCAGCCGCAGUGCAUUGUCUGUGUCAACUAUGUCCUCAGUGACGUGGAGAACAAGUCCAUGAUCUUCUCCAUGGACCAGACUGAGUCCCUGUUCAAGCCACACAACCUGAACAGCUUCUUCAGCCAGAGUGGUGCUGCGGUGGCCACGGAACCCAUGGAGAUCCUGUUCACCAAACUUAAAGAGGACCCAGAGGACCUUGCUCAACUGGCCCCCACACCUGGAGACGCCAUCAUCACCCUCGACUUUGGAAGGCCACCAUUUGAGGAGCCUCAUCCUCCUUUAUACCCCAAGAUGUCUCCCAUGCCCACCCCGGCCCCUCAGGGCUGGGGUAGUGAUCCCCACAAACCCUGCCCAUCAGGAGACAUGUCCAAACAAAUGGCUGCCACUUUCUCAGUACCCCAGAACCCUACACCGGGCAGCGCCACCCCCAGCACUGCCCCCCCUAGCCUGAGCAGUUAUUCCACGCCCAGCAGCCCAGGGGAUUACUACAAUGAGAGAGAGAGUGAUUUGAAGGUAGAGCUGACUGAGAAGCUCUUUGCUCUCGACACAGAGGGGCCCAAGAGCCCUGGGAGCACCCAGUCGGCCCUGAGUGAUCUGGACCUGGAGACCCUGGCACCCUACAUCCCCAUGGACGGAGAGGACUUCCAGCUCCAUCCCAUCAUUCCUGAGGAGGUGCCUGGAGGCCCAGAGGGGGCCACCGGCCCACUGGGCCACCUCACCACACAGAAUAGCUUCAGCAACAUCGCCAGCCUCUUCCAAAACCUGAGAUCCCCACAGUCUGACCACUACCAGCCCGCCAAGUGUGCCCCAGGAGACAAGAGAGGCCCCAACCACAGCCAAAUGAGGCCUAUGGACUCCAGGCCUACUCUGCCAUACACAGGCCCCACACAGAUCCCCCCCUACCACGCCCCAGCCAGCACACCUCUGUCCUCCAUGGGUGGACAUCAGAACCUGCAGUGGCCCCCAGAUCCUCCGUUAAACUCUCUACUACAGGUGAACUCCAUGGGCAGAAGCCACUCAUGUCAGAACAUGCCAGUCAACAUGAUGCACAAGCAGAGGUCAAUGGAGAACUUUGUCCAGGCCUACAGAGACAUGAGUCCCACCAGAAUCUCCAUAGCCAACAACGUCAAGCGCUCCUUCACACAAAUGGCAGUGGGUGACACCACCCUCAGUACUCCUUCAAAGAUGACGAGGAAUGAAAGCUAUGCCAUCAUGGACAGAUCUCUCAGCACCAGCUCACUGGAAGUUAAAGGUAUGUGCAUACCUGGGGGUGUUGACAAGUGUCUCACUCCCCUUCAGCGGCACAGGAAGUCCCGGUAUCCAGGAUGUUUAAAUGGUACACCCAGAAAAUCCUUCCCCAAACAGUGUUGCAACUACAAAGAAUACCGUAUGCUGCCCUCCUCCAAAACAGAGGGGGUUGCCAGUCGGCUGUUGGGCCCAUCCAUUGAGACCUAUUGUCUGCCAGAGCUCACCCGCUACGACUGUGAGGUCAACGUCCCUCUCCAGGGCAACCUACACCUGCUGCAGGGCAGUGACCUGCUGAGAGCCCUGGACCAGGCCACCUAGACCCAGCCCUACACCCUCUACUCCCCUACCCUACCCUGGACCAGGCCAUCUAGACCCAGCCCUACAUCCCCUAUUCCCCUACCCUACCCUGGACCAGGCCACCUAGACUCAGCCCUACACCCCAUACUCCCCUACCCUACCCUGGACCAGGCCACCUAGACCCAGCCCUACACCCCCUACUCCCCUACCCUAUCCUGGACCAGGCCAACUAGACCCAGCUCUACACCCCCUACUCCCCUACCCUACUCUGGACCAGGCCACCUAGACCCAGCGCUACACCCCCUACUUCCCUACCCUACCUUGGACCAGGCCACCUAGACCGAGCCCUACAACCCCUACUCCACUACCGUACCCUGGACCAGGCUACCUAGACCCAGCCCUACAACCCUUACUCCCCUACCCUACCCUGGACCAGGCUACCUAGACCCAGCCCUACACCCCCUAACUCCCUACCUUCCCUUGGAAGUGGCUACCUAGACCCAGACCUAUACCCCCUAUACCCUCCCCUACCCUACCUUGAUAUAUCCAUCUUCAACCCCACCCUUACCCUCCAAUAGCCUUAACCAAUACAAUUUAGACCUCUUUACAACCCUGACUGAGGCCUCAGCCAAGCCCCCACCCCUGCCACAAAGACCUAGCACAUUCAAGAUACAGUUUAAGACGGACGUUUACAUACAAUUAGGUUAGUCAUUAAAACUCGUUUUUCAAACCACUACGUUUUUAACCACUACACAAAUUUCUUGUUAACAAACUAUAGUUUUGGCAAAUCGGUUAGGACAUCUACUUUGUA